CUCUAGUAUUUGUUGUGCUGGCAGUGGUUGUUUAAGUGGCUCUUCAACGCCACCUUUGCACCAUCAUACCAUGUAUCCGGGUUUGCUGAUGGCAUCAGGUUGUUAUGCUUCGAGUGGUCCCAAUUCGUUGGUGAACUCUCCCGCCAUGGGUCGCCGCAAACGUUACACCAGCAAUUCCUCCAAUUGCUCGACACAGUUUAAUAAUAAUUAUACGGGUUUGGAUGCCGAUUCACUGGACGAUAUGUUGAGAAAGUUACUAGAGUUGGAGCAGAGAGUCAUUGAGGCAGAGGAAAGAGCCGAAGAGGCAGAAGAUAAGGUGCGGGCUAUGGAACAAAGGUUGAGUGAAUGGCCAAAACCUCCGCCCAGCACAGCCAACACCAACAACAGCUCAACGAAUCAUCAAGGCCAACAACAACAACAACAGCAAACAUCACAACAGCAACAAACUCCAGCCAAUUCAACAACUUUAACUGCCAGUCAACAGCAACAACAACAAUUAUCCUCAAGUCUUCCAGAUGCUGAAAAAACCAUAAACUCUCUCGAAUACCAAGUCGAAGAACAACGUCAAUUGCGCCUGCAGGACGCCAAACAAAUCGAAGCCAAAGCGGCCAAAAUCAAAGAGUGGGUCAACAAUAAGCUCCGCGACUUAGAAGAACAAAAUCAAUUAUUACGCGAACAAAAUCAAAAGUGCAAUCAACAAUUGGAAUUAUUAAAAAACUAUAUUGCCAAUCAAUCGAAUAGACAUAGUGUUAUAGGUCCCGUUAGAAAUAGUUUAAGUUUGGAUGUGCAAGACUUUGCCGCCUCCAAAGAGAAUCGACGACGUAGCGAAAGUUUAGACACCCAGGAAAUCAUAAAUCGUCCCCUAACUGCCUCCUAUCCACAUCACCAGCACCGCCGCAAUCUCUCCAUGGAGCCCACUGAGCUGGAACGUAAUCUGGUGGCGGCCGUUGAUGGCCUGCAAUUGGCACCUUUAGCUAGCAUAUCAAAACAGGCGGCCAGCGUUAAGAAUGGCCGGCCCGAUAGUUCCGAUACGGAUACGGCUCAUGAUUAUGCCGAAAUCUAUACGCCCUCCUGUGAGAAAAUGCCCGCCUGGAUGAAAAAUAAUCCAGCUUUAAUGGCGAGUGGCGGUAAUUCGAGUACUACCACCACCACCAGUGAAAUGGGCGGGGUUCCCAGGCCGCCCACACCUCCUUUGCAUCGUUUCCCCUCAUGGGAGGCCAAAAUCUAUCAGGUGGCCAAUGAUGGUUUGGCGGGAGCCUCGGAAAAUGGCGGCACUUUGGAUCGUCACGCUCAGCCACCACCACCGCCGCCCGAUAUACAAGAGUCCACCACUAGUGCGGCGAAUAGUCACUCGAAUACCUUAAAUAAUGCUGGUCAUCAGGGCCGUCAUACGCCCGCUUCUUUGAACGAGGGCACCACCACGCCCGGCACACCCCAAUUACCCACCAGGCAACAGCAAACGGCCAGUGGAGGUUUCUGUGAUAUAUCAGUGCCCGUUUAUGCGACUGUUAAAGGGCGCGCUUCUCAAAUACGUUCCAUGCCCUUCACCGGUGACUCUAGCGAUGAUUCCAGCGAUGGCGAGGAUCAUGCCGUUAUGCUCACCCACAAUUCACACAACUCUUCGAGUACCGAUAAUACGGAAACCUCUACUUCCGGCAGUGCUUCCAGUCCAUCGAAAAGUUGUAAGACCUCGUCGUCAUUGAGUCCCGCUAAGCGUAGCGGUUCGGAAAGUCCCAAAAAUACUAAACCAAGAGCACAAUGUCAUAGACUGUCGUCUGCCAACAAUCAUCAUCUACGUGUCCCUCACCAUCCUAUGCGUGGCACAGUAAUUUCAGAUAUUUCAUUUGAAUCAGGCCUCUCCGAUGAUUAUGCUUUGCCGCCCGAUGCGGUGUCCGAGUCAACCUGUCCCAUGGAUGCCAGCAUGCCGUCGCUGUUAAUGCGGCAAUCGUAUGUGGAUUCGCCCAGUAAGAAAUUGGAGUCCUUGGAAAAGGCUGGCCAUUUGGCUAAGCUGGGUGGCAAAUUGAAGACCUGGCGCAAACGUUGGUUUGUUUUAAAGAACGGCUCUCUCACCUACUGGAAGAGCCAGCAUGAUGUAAAUCGCAAGCCCCAGGGCCAAAUUUUGCUGGAUGAAGUGUGUCGCAUUAAUAAAGCGGAGGGAGCCUCCACAUUUGAAAUUGAUACGGGUAAAAAAGUAUACUAUUUGACGGCUGAUUCCAAUGCCACCAUGGAUGAUUGGAUCAGGGUUUUGCAAAAUGUGCAAAGAAGAAAUGCCACCAAAUUGCUGUUGAGCCGAGACGAUCAAAAGCCUACCUUACAGGGUUGGGUGACCAAGGUCAAGAAUGGUCAUGCCAAGAAAUGUUGGUGUGUUUUGUUGGGCAAAAUGUUUUUAUAUUUCAAGGCCCCCAAUGAAACUAAUCCUUUAGGUCAGAUAAAUAUGCGUGAUGCCAGGGUAGAGGAGGUGGAACAUGUUUCUGAUUCCGAUUCCGAGGAAAGAGAAGAUCCCCAAAGCCAGGCUCAUUUGACGGUGGCCAUAUAUCCGGCCCAUCAGGGCCCCACCUAUUUAAUAUUGCCCGGCAAGGCAGAGCGUGAUAAUUGGUUGUAUCAUUUAACAGUGGUAUCGGGUGGAGGACCCAGUGCUGGCUCCCAAUACGAGCAAUUGGUGCAAAAACUAAUGGAAACCGAUGGAGAUCCUAACUGUGUUAUUUGGCGUCAUCCCAUUUUGCUGCAUACCAAAGAUACUAUAUCCGCUCCCUUAACCACAUUACAUACCGAAGUCAUGCAUCCAGAGGCCAUUAAACUGUUUAAGAGCAUCCAACUGUUCAUGUCGGUGGCCGUCAAUCAGCCCGGCAUUGACUAUCAUGUGGUGUUGGCCCAAAAUGCUUUGCAACAUUGUUUGGAUAUGCCCGAGUUGCAAUCGGAAAUGAUUUGUAUAUUGAUUAAACAGACCUCUAGGCAUACGGGCCAAAAACUCAGUGUUGGCGUCCAGGUAAACAAGAAACUGGGCAAGCAAACGCGCCAACUACUAUUAUGUGCCACGCAAAGUUUAUUUGCCUGUGAUACUCAACAAAGUGGUAAUGCUCAAGCAAAUGGCAGUUCACCCACCUCCUUACAGGCACCUGUACCUCCACCCAUUAUAGACUGCAAAUCCAAUCCACCUGCCUAUUCUUUUGUCCAGGGUUGGCAGCUGUUGUCAUUGGCCGUAUCCUUAUUUGUACCCAAAUCCAGCCGCUUAUUGUGGUAUUUAAAAUUACAUUUAUCACGCAAUGCUGAUUCGAAAACGGAGACCGGUAAAUAUGCCGCCUAUUGUGAGCGUGCUUUGGAAAGAACCUUAAAGAAUGGUGGCCGAGAAACUAAACCCUCACGCAUGGAAGUUUUGUCUAUAUUGCUCAAGAAUCCUUAUCACCACUCACUGCCCCAUGCCAUACCCGUGCAUAUGAUGAAUACCACAUACCAGGUUGUCUCCUUUGAUGGCUCCACCACAAUUGAGGAAUUCCAAAGUACUUUGGCUCAUGAAAUUGGCACUAGAGACUCUUCCAAUGGUUUUUGUCUCUUCAGUGAUGAUCCCAUAGAAAAGGAUUUGGAACAUUAUCUCGAUCCCUUGGCUAAAUUGUGUGAUGUUAUUUCCAAAUGGGAGACUGCCUUGCGGGAAAAGGGUUCGGGUAAAUUUGAAAAUACUCGCGUCAUUCAACUAACCUAUAAAAAUCGUUUAUAUUGGAAACAUACCGUGAAAUUUGAAACGGACAAAGAAAGAUUGCUGUUAUGCUAUCAAACCAACAAUCAAAUUGUUCAGGGCAGAUUUCCUUUGUCAAGGGAUUUGGCUUUGGAAUUAGCCUCGCUAAUGGCUCAAAUCGAUAUGGGUGAUUAUUCGCAUGAAAAGUCUAAAAGUGCCACCACUAAUGUAGGCAUCAAGGCUUUAGAUAAAUUCUAUCCCUAUCGCUAUAGAGACGCUUUGAAUCCGGAUCAGUUGAAGGAGAUACAGGAGUUGCUUAUAACCAAAUGGAUUUUAUUAAAGGGACGCAGUACUUUGGAUUGCGUGCGCAUAUAUUUGACUUGCUGCCGCAAAUGGCCAUAUUUUGGUGCUAGUUUGUUCCAGGCUAAGCCCCGGCACUCGGAUCAAGCCAUGGCCUGGUUGGCGGUAUCAGAAGAUGCUUUAAAUGUUUUGGAAUUGUCAUCCAUGGCUCCCAUAGCCAGAUAUCCUUAUACCAGUGUCAUGACAUUUGGUGGCUGUCAAGAUGAUUUUAUGCUGGUAGUGUCCAAUGAAGAUACUUUGGCCUCCUGUGUGACCCAAGAACAAAAACUACUAUUUGCCAUGUCAAAGCCCAAGAUUUUGGAAAUUACUUUACUAAUAGCCGACUAUAUGAAUGCUUUGGGCCAUACAGUGCCCGGCACACCACAUAUGAAUUCCCUAACACGCAAUGGCUCGCAUAGAUCUUUAAGAACCAGACCUGCUGUCGGCACCGGCACUAAUACCGUGGGCGGCACCUUGUGUGGCAAUACCAUGGCCGGCAUGUCCACCAAUGCCACUACUACUGCCCACAAUACCCUGAAUUCACAUGCCACCCAUACCCUUAAUUCAAAUCAUUCACAUACUUUAAGUUCCUCUCACUAUAGUACCGGCGACCAUGAACGUAUGGGUACCAUAGGCGGUGGCGGUACACGUUCUCAGGCUGGUUCCCAUCAGGGCACCAUGAACUCUAUGCACAGUCAAAGUCAUCAUUUGCAUCAUCCUCAUCAGCCCGAUAUUUUGAAAAGUACCCCCGAUCAUCAGCGUAUUAAAUAGGCCAGUGAAACAAACAAAUUUAGAAAUUGUAAAUAAAUACUCAUUAGCAGAAAAUUUAAAGAGACUUUAAAAAUUAUGAAAUGCCUAGAAGAAUAGGCAAAAAAUUAUAUAUGUAUUACGAUUUAGGUUUAAACAAAAAAAACUAAUUUUUAUAUAACAAAAUAUUAUUAUAAAUAAGUUAGUGUAAAUAUUUAAAGACAAAACCCAGUGAUUAAACAAAAACUUUGAAAAACAAAACUAGAACU